UUGGCAGUGCGCCAGUCGGCGCGAAUGUCUUCUGUGCGGCUCGACCAGACCGCACCCGAAGCCAAGGCGAAGAAGCCCGACCAAAAGGCACUGGACGAGCAGGAACAGGAGGUGAGGGCCCUGCAAAGCCAGGUGAAGAGGCCCUGGCACCGGCACGGGGCGGAUAACCCUCCGGUGGACAAGAGCGGCGAGAAGGCUGCGCCGGUAACCAAGGGCAAGCUCCUGACGACACCUACUCGCCUUUUGAAGCUCAUCCUGCCCCUCCCCCUCGGGGUCGAGAAGGACCGCGACAACAACAGCAAGCAUGGUUACGGUCGCUCCAUCUCGCCCAACGACACGAUUCAGCCGCUAGCACUGCUUGUCCACCCGCAGCAACCGCUGUCGUACGUCGAGCGCCUGAUCCAGGCCGAGAUCCCGCCGGUGGUGGAGAACGGUAAGGAGAAGAUACCCAGCGUGUACUUCCGCGCUGAGGACGCCGAGAACGCCGGAGACGGAGCCCGUGUGGGGAACAGGCCAACGACGAGGUCCGAGGCGAAGCGCAAGGACGAGGAAAUCGGCUCAGGGAGCGGCGGCAGCCCGACCCAUGUCGCCUCGUACUCGGGCCUCGGGCACGAGGGCCCCGAGCGGGAUGUGUCGGAGAAGAAUUGGGUCCGCUGGAGCAACAGCACCGAGAUAGGCGACUUCAUCCGCGAUGCGGCGCGCGGGCGGGAAUUCGCGAUCGAGAUCGAGGGCUACCACGUCGAGAUGCGCGUGAGCGUGCCGUCGUUCCGCGACCGCACCUACUACAUGCGCGCCCAGCUCCGCAAGCUGAGCCAGCAGCUAGACGAGCUGUCGAGGAUCAAGCGCGAGUGCGACCUGUUGGCGCACAAAGGCGCGAACCGACUUGCCAAGGGCGGGUUUGCCCUUCUCACUGGCUGGUGGGCCGUGGUGUACUAUGUGACCUUCCACACCGAGUUUGGCUGGGACGUGGUGGAACCAGUCACGUAUCUUGCGGGCCUCACGACCAUCAUGGGCGCCUAUCUGUGGUUUCUGUACAUCAGCAAGGACCUGAGUUACAAGGCGGCCAUGAACGUGACCGUCUCGCGCCGGCAGCACGCGCUCUACGAGGCCCGCGGCUUCGACCCGCACAAAUGGGAGCAACUAGUGCAAGAAGCGAACGCAUUGCGUCGCGAGAUCUGGGCGGUUGCGGCCGAGUACGACGUCGACUGGGACGAGGCGAGGGACGUCGGCGACGAGGUGAAGGAAGUGCUGGACGAGGAGGGGACAAACCACGAACAUAGCGCGCGGUCCUCGGAGAAGGAGAAGGACGAGAAAUACAUUGAGGAGGAGAGGAGUAAGAAGAAGGCCGCCUAAUCGCCGGCACACGGAGUGGCGAGUCAAGUGUGUGAGGCGGUCCAGGAGCUGUUGUGGAGAACAUCCAUUGUGAUUGAGCGAAGCUGGCGAGGCCCGUGGGAGGCAGCCGGAAAGGCCCGCGGUGGGCCCUGCGGGAUGGGGGAGCUGCUGCUGUGGAGCGCUCCCGGAAAGGGCACCUCACCAGUCACCACUUGACUCCCGCAUCACCAGGUCCAUCUUGCCACUGGGACGCCGCUGCACCCAGGGACAACACGGAGAACCUAAUGCAUUUAUGAAUCAACCUGG